AUGUUUAGAAGAACGCUCGCUAGACUUGCUUCAGAAGCACGUCAGCCUAGGAUCAAGUUUCCCGAUCGCAAAGCAUCCACUUCCGCAGACCAUACACCCCAUCCUCAUCCUGCAGCACCGCAAGAUGUAGCAAAGAACUUUGAUCAUUUCCAAGAAGUCUUUCAAUCAGGACCUCAUUUCCAUCCCGAAAAAGUUCAACAGAUGUCUUCACAAUCUAGUACCGGCGGCGGUGGCGGUGGUAGCAGCGCAGCAAGCUCAUCAGGAAAAGGAGGAGAAGUAGUAGAGGAUAUUCAUGAACUACCCAAACGAUUUUGGGCUACUCCUGCCCUUGCGAUUGAGGAGAAUGAGAUGGACGCAAUUAUGGGAGCUGCAGAGCACUUUCUAUGA